AUGACUGUCACGCGGGUAGCGGAGUCCCGCACAGAAUUUAAAUUAAAAAGUCUACCUGAGGACGCUAUAUCCAGUGUGAAAUUCGCACCUAAAUCUAAUCAAUUCAUAUUAGUGUCUUCAUGGGAUUGUUCUGUGAGACUGUACGACGUGUCAGCUAAUAUCGAGAGACAUAAAUAUAAUCACGAACUCCCAGUUCUGGAUGUUUGCUUUAGAGAUGGAGUCCAUUCAUACAGCGGUGGUUUGGAUCAGACGCUCAAGAUGUACGACCUGAAUGCUGGUAGCGAGACGAUUCUCGGAGAUCACAAAGGCGCUAUAAGAUGCGUGGAGUUUGCCAGUGAAGUGAAUGCUGUGCUGACUGGGAGCUGGGAUGGUACCGUCAAGAUGUGGGACAGCAGAGUGCCAAACUGUGUGGGCACUUACAAUCAAGGGAAUGAAAGAGUUUACACAAUGAGUAUCGUCGGUGAGAAGUUUGUAGUGGGCACAUCGGGUCGCAAGAUCUUUGUUUGGGAUGUCCGUAACAUGGGACAUGUGAAUCAAAGACGGGAAUCAUCACUCAAGUACCAGACCCGAUGCAUCAGAGUGUUCCCCAACAAGCAGGGCUACGUGUUGAGUUCAAUAGAGGGUCGAGUGGCCGUUGAGUAUUUAGACAGCAACCCAGAGGUCCAGAAAAAGAAAUACGCCUUCAAAUGUCACAGAAUAAAGGAUGGUGGUUUAGAGAAGAUAUAUCCUGUGAAUGCUAUCAGCUUCCACUCUGUGUACAAUACUUUUGCUACGGGCGGCUCUGAUGGCUAUGUCAAUAUAUGGGAUGGAUUCAACAAGAAGAGACUGUGUCAGUUCCAUAGAUACAACACAGCCGUGUCAUCUCUGUCGUUCUCUCACGAUGGUUCAGCGCUGGCCAUAGCCUGUUCCCAGCUAGAUGAUUCAGACGAUACUCCCGAGGACGUGCUCUACAUACGUUACGUCACUGACCAGGAAACCAAACCCAAGUGA